CUCAGUAUGUUAAUAAAUAACAACACUCUAUAGCUGUUUUAAGCAUAAACAAAAAAGAAACCAUCUCCUCAUUCUCAUUGGAGGUUGUGUUCAUAGUGUCGACAUUUUUAGAUCGAAUUUUUACACAAAAACCCUAAUCUUACUAUUCAAACCAUGAGUUGCCAACAGCAAGAAGAGAUUCUAGUGAAAACAGUAUGUGAGAUUUAUGACAACAUCUCAAAGCUAGAUAGUCUGAAACCUUGUAAAGAUGUCGACAUGCUGUUUACUCAACUAGUACUCACAUGCAUGCCUCCAAACCCUAUUGAUACAACCAAGUUAUGUCAAAAGCUUCAGGAUAUUAGGUCUCACUUAAUACAGCUUUGUGGUGUAGCCGAAGGCUUACUAGAAACCCACUUCUCUACUAACUUAGGUUCAUAUGAAAACCCACUUGAUCAUAUCGAAGAAUUCCCAUACUUCUCAAAUUACAUCAAACUUGGUCUGCUAGAGUUCACAAUACUUAGUGACCAUACCAAGAGUGAUGGUCAUGUUCCUGAGAGGAUUGCUUUUGUGGGUUCAGGUCCACUUCCUCUUACUUCAAUUGUUUUGGCAUCAAAUCACCUGAGGAACACAUCAUUUCACAACUACGACAUCGAUGAGUCGGCUAAUUCUUUGGCGACUCGACUGGUUUCUGCUGAUCCAGACUUAUCGAAACGGAUGUUCUUUCACACAACUGAUAUCUUGGAUGUUACUGAUGAAUUGAGUGAGUAUGAAGUUGUUUUCUUGGCAGCUUUAGUUGGCAUGAACAAGGAUGACAAGGUUAAAGUUAUUGAUCAUUUGGCCAAGUACAUGGCUCCUAAUUCCAUUUUGAUGCUUAGGAGUGCUCACGGUGCUCGCGGGUUCUUAUACCCAAUCGUCGAUCCUACUGAUCUUCAAGGGUUUGAAGUUUUACAAGUUUUUCAUCCGACCGAUGAGGUAAUCAAUUCGGUUAUCAUCGCUCGGAAGUCUCCGAGUAGUACACCACCACCUCAGUACUCGUCAGUGGACAGAAUGAUUGAUCACCCAGUGAUUCGGACUUGCAAAUGCUUCGAGACGCAGCAGGAUUUCAAUCAUCUCACUCAUGGGAUCAAUUGCAUGAUCGAAUGAAGAACUUGGCAAUUGAUGGUGCUAGACAACACAAGUCACUGAUAACAUAUUUCAAUAAUUACUUACCUAUGACCUUCUUCAUAGGAAAAAGUAUGUGUUUGUUUCCUCAUAUUUGUCAUACUUGUUGUCUUGGUAGUACUUGCUGUUAAAUGGUGUGUGUGUUGCGGAGGUGCUGCUGUCCUCCCUAAACAUAGUGAACCCUUUGGGUGAAUGAUGCCACCUAGUAGUAUAGUAUAGGGAGGAGAGUAGUGGAGGUGCGUUUAGGAAGGUGAACAUCAUUUCCGGAGGUCGGUCGGUGUUCUAUAUUCUAGUUACUUGUUCGUGUGUACCUUAUAUAAUUAGAUCCAUAAUACAACCUAGUUUGUGAUACAUACAGAUCAAAUAAAUGUAAUCACUAAACAAUGGGUGCAUCUUUUAAUGUAAACCCUAGUUCAUUAUAAGGUUUCUUGUUGUCAUUUCUAGUC